AUGCGUUUUCGCUCCAGGACAAUCUGUCUGUACUUGGCCUUCAUCGCUGUUUUCUUCCAUCUCUUCCUGGCAUUUUUCUCACUUUCUAUUCACCACUCGCCCUGCGACCCCCCGCUGCCUGCCAGGACGAAUGUCCUUAAAGAUUUGGCACACAUCAACAACACCUUGGGGAAGAUCAGAGAUCCAGCUGAGCCUCAAACUGGUGUCAUGCAAAGUGAUUCUUCCUAUGAAGAUCCAAAAAAGGAUGCCAAAGGUCAUGUGCAAACACUUUCUGACAAGGGCUUGUCAGUGAAAGGAUUUAAAAAGGCCCCAAUCACCAUGGCAUCAAGUGGUGGUCGUAAUGACGCCAACCGCACUAAAUCUUUGGAAUCUGAUUUGUUAAAGCUCGAGGCAUUGUUUGACCAUCCACUUUACAACAUUCCCAUGCCUGCUAUCCCCGAGGUCGACUGGCUGCUGAAAGUAAAACCAAAGGUCAAGCCAAGUGAGGCGAACUCCGACAUGUGGGUAAGCGCCAGCCAAGAAGGCUAUGAUGACGUCCAGUGGAACAGCAGCAGCAGUAGCCAUCCUCCGUGGCUGCGCUUCCAUCUGGGUAUCACGCGCUGGCAGCUUUUCCCUCAUCGUGAUCCCAACAUUGAGCUUUUGAUCCAGCAGAUUGCCACACAACGCAUUGUUAGCGCAGUGCAGAAGUCUGGGGGGACACAACUGAAGCUGGUGAUGUCAUUCCCUAAUUACGGACAAGCCUUGUUCAAACCUAUGAAGCAGGAGCGAAAUGAAGAGAGCAACUUAAACCUUUACUACUUCUCCGACUUUGAGAGACACAAUGCAGAAAUUUCAGCAUUUCACCUGGACAGGAUUUUGGGCUACAGAAGAGUCCCCCCUGCGGUUGGAAGGCUGGUGGAUGUAAUCAAGGAGAUCAAAGAUGUCACUACUGACCGCAAGUUGGCAAGAACAUUUUUUACCUCCCCUGUGGGUAAUGAGUGUUUCUAUGGCGUGUGUUCCUAUUACUGCUCUACUGAGCAUGCUGUGUGCGGCCGACCCCAGGACCUCGAGGCAUCUUUAGCUGUCAUGCUGCCAGACCCCACCCUGGCGGCCCGAAAGAGCUGGAGAUCCCCGUGGAGACGCGCUUACAGCCGCAGCAAACUGGCUAAUCUUGAAGGGAGCGAUGAAACAGUGUCAAGAUGUAAGGGCAAAAAGACACUGAGAGACAGAAAAAGGACAAAACCAAAUACAGUUCCCCUCACUGGAAUAGAGGUUUUUCACAUCCUUACACUUAAAAGAAAUUCAGGGGUUUUUGGCGUGGUGUAUUUCCUGAAAGAAGUGGAUGGGGAUACUUACAGACCCUAUGACCUGCAAGUGGUUGACCGCAAUGAUGCUGGUUCUGAGCACUAUAUGUUCUCAGUCUCUCUUGUUAUUCAUGUCAAGAAGACAGAGUCUUCUGAAGUUUUCAGCCUUGAAGAGUGGUUCACAGAAUGUUCGCGAUGGAAAGCUUUACAGAAGAUCCCUUUUUUCAGGGACUUCAGACUCCGGAAAGCUUUUACCAGCUGGCUUAAAAUUUUGCACAUGAGGACUUUUCAGCAGAAGUGUAAGAAUCUACAGCAUCAGCUUCUCAUAGAUGUACCGCAGUUCAGAAGUGCUCUUCAUCUGUUCAUCAGCAUAAUUGAGGAAGUUAAGGGGACACAUUGGAUGCCUCUGGAUGAGUCUAAAACCUACACAUUACUGGAAUUCAAGAAUACACUGGCAAACAACAAGCAAGAGUGUCUGCUGUCUCUGCAGAAGUUAUCUCAUUAUCACACUGUUAUUCUGAAUGGGGUGAAAGAGGAAAGCUAUAAGACACAACAAGAUCUCCAGCAGGACAAAAAUCUCACGAAAAUGCCUUGUAGACGCGAUGAACCCAUUCACGUGUUUCUUGCUCACGAGCGUGAGCUGAAGAAAAAGAUGGCCCAUUCUGAAAGCAUCUUGAGGAGACUGGGACAUUUUGCAGAGCUCAUCCAUCAACUGAUUAAGCAAAGUCUUGUCACAGUCAUCCAACAAGAUGCUAUGUCCUUUAUCAGUCUUGUAAAGAGGAUGUGUUCUCAGCAGAGCAGCCUCUUUCACACUGAGCUGUGCUUCAGUGCUAAUAGUCAGCUGACUGUGGACCCACCGGUCCAUGUGUUUCAAGAAACAGUGAGUGACUCCCUCCUCACUGCUGGCAACUCGAUUAUUCAGAUGUGUGACAAUUCUGGACUCUUCCUGGAGGUCAGCAACAAUGAGUGUAGCUCUGAAGAAAACAAUGAUUGGGUGAUUGGUAAAUCACUUGGAGACAUUUCAGCUCACCGCCUUGUGCCACCUGAAGAGACUUUUCUAAAGGUGAAAGGCACCAUGGUGCGUGGCUCCUACUGCCCUCUGUCCAAAACACAACUAGAGUGGCACAUAAACAUCAAUGACGUGACAAAGCGAGUUGAGACUGAGCAGGCCAAGAUCAUGCAGGAAGCUGAACUAGAAAUCCAGCAAGUGUGUAAGAGCUAUGCAUGGUUGGAAGAGAUCCAUUUGUUUGUUCGGCAGUGGAGUGCAGCUUCUUUGGAAACCUUGAAGGGUCAGCCUGCUUCGGUGUAUGAGGAACACAUUACCAAGCUGCCUCGCUGGGUUGACAGAAUUUACACAGUUGACUCAUCAAUCUCUAUCUCCAACCAGCUAUUCAACAUCCAUUGCACCCACACAAAGGAAAUUCUAGGGCAUCAGCUGAGUCUCAUUGAAAACCAAGUUCUUGAACAGCUGGUUGAACAGAUAAAGUUGCUCUCAGAAACUCUUAGAGCUGACAUGGAGAGGGCUGCUGUUGAACUCAAGAUGGAACCGCAAGGCUUGCAUGACUUCUCGAAAUAUGCGUUUCAGGUGAGGGAAACUGGGAAACUGCUGCCUGACUUGAAGAAACGUUUGGACUACAUUUUGUCUCUCCAAACCUGCAUUUGCACAAAUACACAGAAGAUGACUGAACAGGAGCUGACUUUGGAACCAAAGAUGCUGGGCUUGUGGGAUUAUUUUAACCGCCUCUUGGAACAAGCAGAAAACCACAUCUCUCACAGACUUCCUUCAUCGAUACAGACUUUGGAAACAAUGUUUGCAUCUUUGGCCUGUGAAUUUAAGAAUAUAGUCUUGGAGGCUGCAUCUGGACCUUACCUUGAUACGAGCCAGAAUGCCAGUGAUAUGGUCUCUAAACUGAACCACAUGUGUGCACGUGUGCUGACUCUCAGAGCACAGCUGGAAGAAGUUAAUAGAAGCAGCCAAAACCUGCAAGAACAUGGAAUGGAUAUGACUUUUGUGACAAGAGAUUUCCUGAAAGUCAUAGCCCGUAAGGAGUUGUGGCAACUCAAAGCUGAUUACACUUCAUGGCUGGAAAAGUGGAAGAGGCUACUUUUCACUCAGGAUGUCGUGUCAGAAGCUCAAAGGGAAAUGUCCAAGUGGAAGGAGCAAGUGAUGUCGUUGACAAAUAUACCUACGGAUGAUCCAGUGGUGCAGGAGAGUUUAGGAGUCCUGGAAAGUUUAAGCCAUCAGGUUGAAGUCAUGGCAAAGCUAUUCAGCACUACAAUAGCAGAAAAACACUGGAAGAAUUUUUUACAAGGCACAGGCUUAGAGUAUUUCCCAGGGAAGAAAGUGACUGUUGCUGAAAUCAUUCCUCAACAACAUGAAGCUCAAAAACGAAUUAACAAUAUUUGCAUUGAUGCACAGAAAGAGUGGAACAUGACACAGACCUUCCAGAAGUUUUGUCUAAAAUGGACAGACAGACUCUUCCAGCUGGACAAAUUCAGUGGCACUGCUGAGCAUGUUCCAACUGCCAAUCAACACUGCUGUCUGAAAAUGCACUUUGCUGAGGCAGAGAAUGAUUUAAUGUCUCUGUCCACCAUGUUGAGUUCCCCACACAGUUUUGAGUUCAGGCUGCAGCUAGAGGAUUGGGUGCGCUCACUACAAGAACUAGGAGAGCUGCUUGAUUUGUUUGAAAGUUAUCAGGAAAUGUGGGCCUUCCUGACAAAAGUGUUUUGUGGAAACUCUUUUCGUGAUCAAAAAGUAGAUCUGUGGAAGUGUUUUCAACCAGUUGACGAGACGUUUGAGAAAAUUAUGCAGUUGGUAUCGGCUGACCUGCAUGUGUUGAACUUUGUUUUUACUGACACAAAUGAGAGAUUUGAUGGAAAUAGUUUUCGACAGAUUCUCAUGGAUAGUUUGUCUGUUAUGGAAACCAUAUUCAACCAGAUGCAGGAUGUUCGUCAUACCUUCUGUGACCAGUUUCCAAGACUGUGGUUCUUGAGUGACAGGGAGGUGAUGCAGCUGAUGUCUUGCCAUCCAACACCUUUUACACUGCAACCCUUUGUACGCAAAUGUUUUAAAGGGGUAUGUUGGCUUGAAGUGGAAGUAGACUGUGAGUUAUCAUCUAAUACAAGAAACGUAGAGACCUGCGAGACUUCUUCUGAAAACAGCAGAGAGCAGAGGGUCCUGGGGAUCUUUGGUGCCCUGCGGGAACACAUUGCCUUUCAGCCUCCCUUAGAAAAAAAUCCUGAUGCCUUGGUUUGGCUUUGUGAUUUUGAAAAACAGUUGAAGUUGACCAUGAUGCAGCUUGUGAAACAAUGUGCUGUGGUGCGAAACCAACUCGAACCAUCCAAUCACGGUUCAACUUGUGACAAGACAGUUACGGGCAUCCGACCAUGCAGUGCUGACAAGGAGGAAAAUGUACAAGCUGUUCUGGAUAUGGUCUCUGAAUAUCCUCUUCAGUGUGUCCUAGUGGUUGAGGAGGCACUUUGGUGCAGUAUCGUUGUGCAGGCCUUCCAAGAAAAGAGUCCAGUUCAGUUGAGGAAGAUAUACACAUACAACUGUGAAAAACUGAAAAUGAUUGCCAACACCAUAAGGGAUACAGUCAUAGGAUCUAAAAGGAACUCUAUAGUUUCCAAAUACUCUCUGAUGUGUUUGCGUGCCUUAGUGCAGCUUACAAUGAAUCAUGCUUUGCAGCUAUCUGAACUCAUGAAGGUACCGUGUGCGUUGGAGUCAUCUUUUGAGUGGUCAAGCACAAUGAAGUAUCACUUAAACUCACAAGAUGGCAGUGAUGAUCUAGCAUGCUAUGUGGACGUUUUAGGCCACUGUUUCCAGUAUGGCUUUGAGUAUUCUGGACCAGAAGAAUGGAAUAUGGUACAUACUCCCUCCACAGACAGGGCAAUACUGGGUAUCGUCCUUGCUCUGUCAAGCCACAGAUGUGGGUUCGUGAGUGGGCCUUCUAUGUCUGGAAAAACAAAUACUGUAAUCCAGCUAGGAAAAGCUUUAGGACAACAUGUGGUUGUUAAAAAUUGUUAUCCAAGCACAAGACUUGCUGUUGUUCAGCAGAUGCUUCUGGCUGCUCUUAACACAGGAGCAUGGCUUCUAUUGGAAAAUGUGGACUUUCUUCAACAAGGCGUCCUUUCUUCUCUGGGUCAGCUUCUUAUGGACAUCCACCAAUCUUUCUACCUAUUACGGAAAAAUAAAGAGCAAAGACCGAAUGAGCAGGCAGAUGAUAAAACUGCUGAAAGUGUCAAACGUUGCACAAACCUUUCUGAUUCAGAGUGCCUUACCCUCCUUUCGGGGAAACAGAUCUCUCCCAACCCCAGCUAUGGAUGUGUUCUGAUCUCUUCAAAGGCACACACAUCGGAGAUUCCAGAGAGUCUACGGUUUGCAACCAGAUCGAUUGCAUUAAUACAUCCAGACUGCAGGAUUAUUGCUGAAGUAAUGCUGACUUCUGUUGGUUUCUCAGAGGCGAAGUCUUUAAGUCAUCGUCUAGUGUCCCUGAUCAGCCUGGCCAAAGAUUCCAAAUAUCUGCCUGGUUUUUUCACUGAUGAGCAGAGCCUCAUCCUUGGUGUCUUGAAAAAAAUCAUCUGCGCUUCUGAAAUAUACUUUCAGCUUGCUUUAAGUGAGAAAGAAAUUUCAAAUGAUUCCAAAGUUUCAAGAGCUGGACACUGUGAUCCUACAUCUUUACAAAAUGUGUGCGUCCAACCAUUUGAGAAGGAUAAAAAAGAAUCUGCAAAGCCUUCGAAGAUACACAUUUCUUUAACAGAGGAGACAGCCAUUGUCAAAGCGAUUCUUUCUGUCUUGAUACCAAAUAACAAGAAAGCUUCACAGCUCUCCAUCAUUAUCAAGGAAACAUUUCCUAUUGCAAGCAAGUUUCCCCUUUCCCAACAGUUCGUUGAAGCAGUGGAAAACAAUCAACUUCAAGAUGCAGUUAGAGAAAAGCUACAAGAAGAACAUCUUUUUGGUGACACGGAAAUAAUUUGCAAUGCUCUUGCCCUCUAUCAGACCCUGAAGUUCUCUCAGGCAGUCAUCCUUAUCGGGCCCUCAGGCAGUGGAAAGACAACCUGUUACAGUGCUCUGGCUGGGGCAUUGAAUAGACUGGCUUUCAAAGCAGUCGAGGAUAUGUUUGAGAAUGAGACUAUAAGUAAAAGCGAUAUGUCAGAGGCAAAUCCACUCACCUCCACUGUGAAGUCCUGCGCUGUUGACACUUUGGUUUUAUUUCCAAAUGCCAUGUCCCAUGAAGAACUGUUUGGUUCCUACUGUGAAAAGAGGGGAUGGAAAGAUGGAGCUGUAGCAAAGGUGUUGAGAGAUUCAGAACAAUUUGAUUGUACAUGUUCUGAAAUCUGCAACAAUGAGAGAAAAUCUGAAAAGUGGCUGAUCAUGGAUGGAGAGCCUUUUGGGCAGCCUGGAUGGUUGGAUUAUUUAACCGCAAUGCUCAAAUCUCAUGAUUCAGCUCUCUGUCUGUCAUCAGGAGAACCACUGCUCUCUCAUUCACAUCUACAUCUACUUAUGGAGAUGACAGACCUACAAGAUGCAACCCCCUCUGCAGUGACCAGUUGUAGCCUUGUUUAUUUCACAGGUACUGAUCUGUGGAAGGCUGUAUGGAAAAAAGAAAUAAAUUCAGUCUGUUUUGAACACCAACUGGAUCAAGGAAUAGUGAAAACAUGGCACUGUCUGGCUGAUGAUCUUUUCUCUAAUACUGUGAGUUUGUUGGACCAACAUGCUCUAACUUCUGCCAACAAUUUUGAAAGGGGAUCUUGUAAAAGAUCCGGUAUCCAGGAGGUCAUGUCAGUUGCUAGGAUUCUGCGUGCCCUCUUAAAACAGUUUGGGGAGGAGUUGGAAAAACCUCCAUCAGAUAACAGAGAUCGAGCUGUAGAUGGGAUAAACGUGUUCGGCUCUGAUGGCCAAAGUAAACAAGAGCUACUCUUCAGGAACCUUUUCCUGGUUGCUUAUAUUUGGGGAUUUGGUGGACAUCUACAUUAUUGCCACUGGCCACAGUUUGAAAUGUUGGCCCGCCAGGUGCUGUCUAGCUGCAGCUACAAAAUUGUAGUUCCUGAUGAAGACAGUGUAUUUGAACACUUUUUUGGCGUCGACAGUAAGAUGUGUCCCAAAAACACAGAGCUGACCAGUUUCAUUGCUCCCAAGUAUGGGAAAUACAGGCACCUCCUCUACCUAAUGUCAGUAGCAAACCAACCAGUGCUGCUUGCUGGAGAGCCUGGUUCAGGAAAAACCACGAUUUGCAAAACUUUGCUGGACUUUCUCAUGCAGAACAAUAGCUUACCAUCAUGUCCAGUUUUGAGCUCCAGAGACCUGCGCAUUAUACUGGAUAGCAUUCCCAGCCAGAAAAAUGCUAAAUAUUCAUUGGGUUCCACGAGAAAACAGCCAAGCUUGCUUCUGUUUGUGGAUGACUUGCAUGAAGCCCCCCGCGAUGUCUUUGGAAAAACAUCAACAGCUCUGGAGACUCUGCGUCAGAGUGUUUCAAAAGGGGAGAUUCAGAUGUUCGACACCUACUCCUUCAAGUCACUGAGUUCUGCAGCUGUCGGCUAUAUAGCUACAUGUUGUAUUUCUGAACUGAGCAAUCCUCACAGUGUGAUAUCCUCACGGCUUUCACGCCUGUUCUCAAUCUUUGUGCUCCCUAGUCUGUCUACUGACCUUAUACUGUCUAUCCAUUCUCCAUCGCUUAACGUCUGGCUCAAUGGAAUGCCUCCGAAGUACAGUGACUUGUCAAAUUGUAUCAUCACUGCCACAAAACAUCUGUGCCAUGCUGUCUGGGAACAAUUCCAGCCCAAUUCACGAAGGCCUUAUUUCAUAUUUUCCCAACAUGACCUCCAGAAGGUGUUUUCAGCGAUGUGCCUCUGGAUGCGUAAUACCCCAAAAACAAGGAUACUCCAUAAAAAUAACAGUUUACAGUCAGGAACUCCAGCAGCCCUCCCGGUUCCUCCGGCAUUUCUUCCUAACAUGGUAAAACUCUGGAUGCAUGAGUGCAUGCGUACUUUCGGUGAUAGACUCUGCUCAGAAGAUGAAAGAAAAACCCUUAUGUCACUCAUAGUCGGGGAAGCAGAAACACAUUAUGGAAGUAAAAUGGUUGAUAAAAUUCCCCCAGACAGUUUAGAUGACUCACACACUGUGGAAUCAGCAUGCGUCUUUGAGCCAAUACGCCAGAAUCUUGAUACUAACUAUGUCCUUGAAGAGCCAAAAGCAGCUGACCAGUCUAAAGUUAAAAAAGGCCAUGCACUGAGAGAAUCGUCUCCCUUAUCUGAAAGACUUUGCUCAGAUGAUCUAAACCUAACGGCUCAGCCUGUGCUCCCACAGAUUUUUCAGGACCUGAAAGAAAAACUGGCAAACCUUGUAUAUGGUCCUGAAUUAUUAAAGACCCUCAACUUUCUGGUUCACCAACACAAUUUUAGGGCUCCCUGCUAUUAUCAAGAACAAGACCUUGAUUUACUACUGGAAGAACUUUGCGUGCUCAUGGACAAAAAAGAGGAAGAUGAAAGAAAGAAAGAUAAUUAUGUUUGCAACAUAGUAAACAAAUACACUUUACACAGAGAGGGGCUGAGUCAGCUCUUACACAUCCUUAGGGCUUUGCUCAUACCUAAGGGUCAUGGAGUUUUGAUAAGCUCAAAUAGGGGAACAGGACGAAAGACCACUGUGCGUUUAGCUGCCUGCCUCACACGCUAUCAUUUGAUAGAAGUGCAUUCAGGGAAUGAAGAUAAAUUGCAUACAAUCCUGAGAGAGGCUGGGAAUAAAGUUAGAGUGGAUGGAGUUGUCAUACUGGUUCAUGAGGAAGUCAGUCUGCCUGUCAGGGAAGAAUUACUGGUGGCUAUGGCACAGUGCGCCUACCCAGCACUUUACACAGAGGAUGAGCUUAGGAGACUUGUUUCCAGACUGGCUGGGGGAUACUCAAGAAAAUACCAUAUGGACUGUUGGAUGCGCAAGAAGUCUUUGAGCCAAGCCCACAGAAAUAUUCAUGUGUUCCUGUUGAUGCCCGCCAACAAUGAAACUCAAAGCUCGAGUGCACAAAUGGCCAAAGCUAUUAGGCUCAGCUCCUGUGUAGAGGUGUACCAGCCAUGGUCCAAACAGUCUCUGGUGGAAACUGCUGUUCAGCGCCUCAAACCGUGUCCCCAUGAAAUGAUUCCAGAAAGUUUUAGGGACAGCCUGUCUGUGGCUAUGGCGGGAAUCCAUCAGUCUGCAUGUCAGUAUGCUUCUGUCGGUCUUGGAGCUCAGCCUUUCAGCCCCAGGACUUAUAUGGAGUUCAUUGCCCACUUUGAAAAUCUUUGCGAGAAACUACACAAACAGGCGCAGAGCAAAACCAACAGAUUUUCCACUGCUCUGGCUCGCUUGGAGGCUGUGAAUAAAAAGCUUGAAGAGUGUAAAGAGCACGUAUUAAGACUGCGAAAGAUGCUUGCCAUAGUACAACAGCUUGAGAAGGAACUCCUUGGCGGUAUAGAAGAUCAGAAGAACCUGCUCAAGAAAGAUAAGAUUUUAGUAGAAGAGAAAGAGAUAAGACCAGAAUUCGGGCUAAGAAUCAAGAUUCUUAAGCGCUUGAAACCACCUGACCUGGAGGAGGUACGCCACUACAGAAAUCCACCUGAAAAAGUUGUGAAGGUCAUGGAUGCCAUUUGUUUUCUGUUCAAUCGUCCGCCAGGCUGGGAGAGUGCCAAGCAACUUCUCAAACAAACCAACUUUUUGCAGGAGCUGGAAUUUUUUGAUGGAAACAGCUUGACAAAUGAACAGCUUCAGCAGCUUGGCCAGAUUGUUCGCAGUCCUGAGUUUGUGCCAGAGUCUGUGCGAGAGGUCAGUAAGGCAUGCGAGUCUCUGUGUCGAUGGGUCCAGGCUGUGCAUAAAUUCUGCUCCAUACAAUACUCAAAGAAGGCCUACCAACGUUUAGAGGAUGCUAAGACUCAUCUUCAGUUAAUACAAAAUGAGCUGAAAGAUCUGCAGCUUCAGCUGCAAAAAGCUGAAAGCGAAGAAAGACAAGUUGUUGCAAAUGCUAGGCAAAUGGAGAUGCUUUUCAGGGAAUGGAGAGCUGCUUGUGAGGAGGCAGCGUUAAAUCAUCAAAGCAUAGCUGGUGAUUCCCUUAUUCUGGCUGCUAUUAUAUCAUAUUUAGGCCCAUUCCAGCCUGAUAUACGCACAGAGCUGCUGAGCAAGUGGAAGGAGCUAUGCCAAACAGGAAGCAUCAACAUAAACUCAAAGGACCUCAGAUCUAACCUGUCUACACACGCAGACAGUGACUCAAUUCCACCGGUUACCGGUUUUCCAAUUGCUACAACUGAGAGGUUGCAGUUGCCUAUUGGCCGGACUCUAGGGAUGAAGGACUGGCAGAUUGAGGACACUCUGUCUAGCAGAUUGGUGGUUGAGCUGCUGCUGUGGAGUUACAGACAUUCAAGUGUUCAACGCUGGCCUCUACUGGCAGACAUUAAGCAGCAUCUACAGAUAAUCUCUAAAAACAGGCUCAUCAUUGGAGAUGAUGUGUCAAUUGAGACAGUGGUAGGGUUUGAGAUGGUGGUGUGCGCAGAUGAUCUGGAGCUGCUGGACAAGCUGGACAAAGCUGCUGAGAAAGGAUGGAAAGUACUUCUUACCCAUGUAGAACGUGCAAAACCUAGUCCCGGGUUCCUGGCAAAGUUGGCACGCCCUGCUGGAUGUUGUUUUCCAGGUUCCUACCAGCAUCCUCAGGCGGUACACCCGGAGUUCCGCCUUUUCCUCUGCACCGAUCUACCGCUCACACUACUUAGCAGUGAGAUCCAUGCAUCCAUCUUGACAGAGGUGGAUGUAGUUGACCUUUCUCUGAGCUCCAAAGAGCUCCAGGAGCUGAUGCUGACGCAGCUGCUGCAGUCUGAGGGUGGAGACCUGCUGACUCAGCUCUUGCGAUUCCAGAAUGACAAUCAGUCACUGCGGGAAAAACUUGUCACAGAAGAGGAUGCUCUGAGGGACUACGUCCUACAAUCUGACAUCUUACUUAUUAAAUACUUGGAUUUUCCUGUCCGUGUGGCUGGUUAUCAAGAAGAAAUGAAGACACUGCAGGCUAAGAUAAAGCAGCUGAGCAAGGAGCAGGAGCAGCACGAGUCCCUUCUGGCUGCUCCCCACAAGUUAAUUGAACUGGCUGCUGCCCUCUACCAGGCACUGCAAGUGGUGUCCUCCCUUUCUCCUGCCUAUUACUUUCCCCUACCUGGAUUCAUCACAGUGAUAAAAGAGUCUUUCUGUCUGAUCAGUGGACAAUUAUUGUCCUGUAUGACGGGGAAAGCAGAUGAAAACAUGUUACUGGAGGUGAUGAACAUGAUGGUUCUCCAGUUGCUGGUACAAUACAGGCCUCUUCUCUUCAAAAACCACGCUGCGGUUCUCGAGCUGUUGGUGUCGCAAGCUGUGCUGAAGUACAAUCCACUCAGUGGCGUUGAAGACAGAGAACGCCCUGUAACUGAAGUAAAACCUCACUCUUUUUCAGGCACUGUGUCACAGACCAUCAGUAGUCCACACAGUAACCCACCCACCCACAUCCACUCAGAUCCUCUCUACUUGAACAAGAUCUCCUCCUCCAGAGGACUGAUUGCAUCACUUUGUUCUUCACCCAUACCGUGGCAGGAAUAUCUACAUUUCACUUCCUCUAGUGUGGUAAAUACUGACCCCUGUUGUUCUCAGUUCCACUUCUCCUUGCUGCAGUGGCCUUUCCUCUGGAAAACUAUCUCCCUGAACUGCUUGGACGGGGUAGGAGAGGCUAUAGAGGCCUUCCUGCUCAGCCUGUCUGCAAAGACAGAAUGGGCUGAGUCCCCUCACACUGGAAACCCAGACGCUCUCUCAAGAUAUUUGGUCAAAUUUGAGGGACCCAUCAUUUUGACUCUGCCUAACCCAGAAAGAGGCGCGCAAAUAAGCAGUCAACCUCUUCACUUGAUAAAUCAGUUGGCCAGUUUUGUGGCAAAUAAAAAUGAGGUUCUGGUAAAAUUAAUCUCUUGUAGAGUACUGUGUGACAGAGAUCUCCUCCUGUCAGUGCUGGACAAAGCUAUUAAUGACGGGCACUGGUUGGUGUUUAACAACUGUCAUUUGUUUGAACACUGGGAUGACAAAAUAGUAGCUCGCCUGAGUCAGCUGAUGUCCUCCUUCAGAGAGGAGCAGACCCUGAUCCACCCAUCCUUUAGACUGUGGUUUGUAACUCAAGAAAAUGCUUCACACUCUGUACCAGCUGCAGUGCGAAUGCAGGCUUUGCGGCUGGUCUGCGACUCUCCCUGGGAUCUGAAGGAGGAGCUGAGCUGUUCUUUGCAACAUUUGAUGUUCAGCCAGACACAGUUGAAUGCUGAUAACGUGAAGUUGUUUCUCUGCUGUGCCCUCUUCCACUCUGUCCUGCUUCAGAGACAGACCUAUAAAUACUUAGGCCAUGGAAGAGCUUGUCACUGGAGUCAGGAAGAUUUCCUUGCUUUGGUUGAUGCAUGUGUUUCCUUUGUCAGUGGCUGCCAUGACAAGACCAAGGUUUUGCAACAUAUAGCAGUCAGUCUAAUUCAUGGUGGCCAUGUAAUGGACUCUACGGAUUUAGAUGUGAUGGAGAGUGUUACCAAGUUUUGCUUCCCUGAAGAUCUGACUCCUUCAAAGAAUUUGUCGAGCCUACUGCAGGCUUUGGAUCAAUAUUUCCAGGAUGCAGCAGUCACCGAUCAUGCUAUGCUGGGUUUCGGUGUGGAUGUGGCAUAUGAGAUAACCAAGAUCAAGAGGCUCAACCUAAACUUAUUCCUGAAGACAUCCCAAACUCCCCAAGGAACAGUGGGGAGUUUUAGCACCGAACAUAAUCAGCUUGCCAAUCUUCCAGGCUGCAGUCUUACAAGAGACAGAUUACGAGCUCUGAAGAAUAACCUAGCUCACAAGAAAGACAGCGCAGCCACGAAUGUGGGAGCUGUUUCUUGCAGUCCUCUUCUUGAAUUCCUCCAGGCUGAAUGGGAUGACCUCUUUGAUUCGGUGUCCUCGCUCCUCUCACAGCUCCAGCAGCCUGUUCAAUAUAUGCAGCCCUUUGCUUCCCCCAUUAACAUGACUGAGUUGUCUCGUUUGGAGAAGAAGGGAGAGUUGCUCAGUUCUUAUCUCUGGCAAGACAGCACUUCAAGUCCAUUUAUCACGUAUCAGCUGUCUGCAUUUAAACAGGCCAGAGCCAUUUUUGUGGCAUUGAUGACAGAGGCAGCCGAAGUCAAUCAUAAAUAUGUCAGUGAUAUAGUUCUACAAUUCCAGGUUAUAUGUCGUAGAACAUACCCGGCGUGGCUUUAUCCAGGUACUCUGUAUUUGAGUGGCUUGGAGCUGAGAGGGGCAUCAUGGGACAAGGAGCUCGGAGCCCUUCAGGACACUCUCUCCACUCAGCCAUUUUUGAUGCCACCUGUUUGUGUCAAGGCUCAAGUGAGAAGCACAGGCACUGCUACAGAUUCUUUGUCUUGUGAAAGUUCACAGUUAAUGGAUACAGGCGAUGUCCAAGCAUCAGGAGUCUCUCCACUGAUCACUCCACAGUUGCCAGUCUACCACUGCCCACUCUAUCUAGAUGAGGAGUGGCAGGAAGGAAACGGGGGGCUGACUGAUAUUAAUGUCAUCACAAAGAUUCCUCUUUACACCAAGCUAAGUCCUGUUUUAUGUAGUUUGAGAAGAGUGAGACUAGUGAGUACCCUUCAAAUGCACUGA